AUGAUGAUUGAACAUGGUAUCCUUCCUAAUAACAUUACUCACCAGGCACUUGUUCUUGGGUUUAGAAAAAAAAGGGUAAUGAAUCCUGUAGAAACUGCAAAUCUUAAGUUGCAACAGAUACUGCUCAAAUAUGGUAUUCAUGUUGAUGUUGAUGAAUAUCUGAGAGAGCAACCCAGGAAGCUGCAAGCAAUUACCAGCUUGACCAGAGUACUAGAUGCUCAGGUGGUCUCACUUCUCAUAAUCCGAGCAGGAGCUGAAGUCAAGCACUAG